CUUCCUCUCUUCCACUGUGCAUUUACACUCUUCUUCACGAAUUCACGAUCUCUCGGAACCGCUUCACGUCAAAACUUCACCAAGUGCCCACAAAACGCCCAAUCCCCAUGCCAGAGCUUCCAGGUGAGCCCCCCUAACGGAGGUGGCCGAAGGUGCCCGCCCUCUGUUCUGUGGCUCAUGUGACUUCUCAUGUGUUGCAGCCGCGCCUCAGGGGUCGGGCCCCGCUGCGAACAGUCGCAGGAAUGUUGUCGGCGACGUCGUCCUAUCAUGCCCCCCAAUCGGCGUCUGUUAACCGAGCAGAAGUCGAGCGCGCGCGCAAGCUUAUCGCCGAGACGUGCACCGGAUGCGUAAUUACUGAAGUUGACACGGUGGAGGACAAGAUCGUGUACGAUGGCACCGACCAUCUUGAGUUUGCCAAGGAGCUCCUUGGGCGCACGGUGACAGGAUGCGAGCGCAAGGGCAAGCAAUUUUGGAUAACCCUCGGCGGUGAAGGAAGGUAUCCAGUCAUGCACUUCGGGAUGACGGGCAUGAUCCAGUUGCGCGGCGGCGAACCGACAUGGUACAGGCGCAAGUACAACCUCGGUGAAACAGUUGAUGCGUGGCCACCAAAGCUUACCCCCGCAGACGGGGAUGUGCGCGAGCUUGCCUUCAUCGACCCCCGCCGACUAGGACGCUUGCGGCUUGUGCCUGACCCAGUUCUCUCCCAUCCGCCGCUGCGAGAACUGGGCUUUGAUCCAGUGCUCAACCAUCCUACACUGGAGGAGUUUCAGGUCCUUAUCGGCACCAAGAAGGGCACGGUCAAGGGCCUGAUCAUGGACCAAGCCUUCAGCGCGGGCGUGGGCAAUUGGAUCGCUGAUGAAGUUCUAUAUCAGGCUCGUAUCCACCCCAUGUGCCCUGUACCAGCUCUCACGGAGGUGGAAGUUACUGAGCUUCACCGCCUGCUGCGCGAGGUACCGUUGCGCGCCGUUGAAGUGAACGCCGACUCGUCUCUCUUCCCCGGAGACUGGCUGUUCCGCUGGCGUUGGGGUAAGGGGAAGAAGAAGAGCAAGAGCAAAAAGAAGGCGGGGGAACAGAGCACUCUCGAUGCGUUUGUGAGAGAAAAUGAGAGCCAAGAAAACGGUUUGGGUCAAGACAUCAAACCUAAGGCACUCGAGUUCCUCGCAUUGGUGAGAGAUUGUAUCUAUGAGUAUACUAAGCUAAAACUCAGCCGGAUGGCACGCGCGCCACCAUCUCCUUCGUUACUGUCGGUGGGCGUACAUCCGCGAUCGUCACCGAGCUUCAGAAGAUGCCUCAAGGGAUCUUGAUCAAGCCCAAGGCUAAGCGGGUCGGAAAGAAACGCAAGGUGG